UCCACAUACAAAAGGAAGAAGCAUUUGUUGGCAGAAGCCAAGGCUGAGCACAGGGGGGAACUCGCUGCAGGAGCACACCCUCACACUGCUCAAAGGAUUUAUUACCUAGCACAACUUAGAGGCAGCACUCAAAUAUCAGGAGUGCUCCGAACACUGCUUUGCAGGAGCUGAGAGGAGAGUGCGGAGGACUGAGAACAGUGAUAGUUCUCAAAUACUGAGACACCUGGAAUUUUCAAGAUGUGGAAGAAGUCAAAAGUUACAGAUCAGACUGCCACAGGGCAGGGCGGAGCAGAGGGUCAGCCUCCAAAGAAGAAAGGUAUCAAAAGGAGAUCAAAGGUCCCUGGAGUGAUGAUCACACAGUAUAUUGAGGAGCUGCCAGAGGGAAAAAGUACUCCUGACUUCACUCGCAAACCCAUCGCUUUAACCAUUCAAGAAGGAAAAUUAGCCAUCUUUAAAGCCAUUGUGAUUGGAGACCCCAAGCCCACUGUAACAUGGAAAAGAGCCAAAGGAGAAAUGAACGAUCCACAAAAGUUCCAGAACAAAUAUGACCCUACAAGUAAUGAACACACUUUAGAGAUACCUAAAGUAAGUGGUGAUGAAGCUGACACAUACAAAUGCUACGCCAUUAAUGAGUAUGGAAAGGCUGUUUGCACAGUCGUCCUCAAUGUCAUUGAAGUUGGAUUCAAAAAGAGCAAAGAAAUGAAAAAGGCAGAAGAGUUUCCAGUAGGGGAUCCAACAGAGUUCAGAAAGAUGCUAAGGAAAAGUGCUGGAAAAAAGGAUCAGGACAAAAAGGAAGGAGAAAUCGAUGAGGCAGUGUGGGACCUAUUAUUGUCAGCUGAUAAGAAAGACUAUGAACGUAUUUGUGCUGAGUACGGCAUCACUGAUUUCCGUGGCAUGCUGAAAAAACUGAGCGAGUUGAAGAGAGAGCGAGAGGAAGAGCAGGCACAGUUCAUUCAGUACCUUACUAACCUGAAACCCAUUGAGGUGAAAUCAGAAGAUGCAGCUUCAUUUGAACUGGACCUGGAACUUAAAGAUCCCAGCAGUCGCAUUUUCCUCUACAAGGAUGGUGUUAUGAUUCCAUACAGCAAAGAUGGAGACACUGAGAUGAAGCAUUACCUGAAGCAAGUUGGCAAAAAGUAUGUGUUCACAGUGAAAAAUCUCAGUCCUGACGAUGCUGGCAUUUAUCAAGUGGACAUUGAAGGAGUCAAUAUCUUCUCAACAGAUUUCAAGGUACCUCCUGUGGAUUUUGUUGUGAAGAUUCAGGAGGUGAAGGCCGAAGAAAGACAAGAUGCGAUCUUUGAGUGUGUGACUUCCCUUCCCAUGAACCAGAUUGUAUGGUCAUUAAAAAAUUCCCCAGUUUCCAACAGUGAUAAAUAUGAGAUUACUGUUUCUGAGGAUAAGCUGGUUCACCGACUGAAAAUCAUUGAUUGUAUGCCUGUGGAUGCUGGGAUCUACACUGCUUUGGCUGGCAUCAAGUCUUGCAGUGCUUGGCUUGUGGUAGAAGCUGACAAAGAAGGUGCAAAAGGCAAAAAGAUAGCCCGCAAGACCACGCAGGCAGGAGGCAGUGGAGUUGACCUGGCCAAAAUUGCUGCUGAACAGCAAGAGAAGAACAAGAAGGAGAUGGCGGAGGCGCUGGAGGCUGCCAAGAAAGCCCAAGCCGAGAAGGAGGCGGCUGCUGCCAAAGCUAGAGCUGAAGCUGAAGCCGCCCUGGCGGCAGCACAGGCCGCUGCUGCAGCUCAGGCAGCGGCCGCUGCUAAAGCUGCUGAGACUGCGCUUGCUGCAGCUAAGGCUAAAGGCAUGUCGGAGAAAGAUGCAGCUGCAGCUGCGGCAGCUGCAGCUGCAGCUGCAGCAGCAGAAGCCCACGCCAAGGCUGAGGCGGAGGCUAGGAAGCUGGCUGAAGCCAAGGCCAGGGAAGCAGGCCUGAGCCCAGAAGAGACUGCUGCAGCUGGAGCAGCAGCUGUUGCUGCACUGGCCAAAAAUGCAGCUGCAGUUGCAGCAGGACAGCUUGGUGCAGGUGCUGCAGGACUAGCAGGAGCUGCUGGUCUUGCAGGAGUAGCAGGAGCUGCUGGUCUUGCAGGACUAGCAGGAGCUGCUGGUCUUGCAGGAGUAGCAGGAGCUGUUGGUCUUGCUGGGGUAGCCGGAGCUGCUGGUCUUGCCGGGGUAGCCGGAGCUGCUGGUCUUGCUGGGGUAGCUGGAGCUGCUGGUCUUGCCGGUGUAGCAGGAGCUGCUGGUCUUGCCGGGGUAGCAGGGGCUGCUGGUCUUGCAGGAGUAGCAGGGGCUGCUGGUCUUGCAGGAGUAGCAGGGGCUGCUGGUCUUGCAGGAGGUGUAGGAGGUGCUGGUGUUGCAGGAGGAGUAGGAGGUGUUGGUAUUGCAGGAGGAGCUUUAGGUGCUGGUCUUGCAGGAGGAGCUGGAGCUGCUGGUCUUGCAGGAGGUGCUGGUGGUGCAGGAGGGGCAGGAGGUGCUGGUGGUGCUGGAGGAGUAGGAGAAGCAGGAGCUGAUGGCUUGUUGGGGGAAGGUGCCGAUGCUGGGGGUGCAGCUGGAGCUAAAGCUAGGAGGCAUGCAAAAGCAGGAUCUUUGGUGCCAGAUACUGUGAAAGGUGGAGGUAACCCACAUGGGAACCCACAUGGUAACCCCCAUGGGAACCCACAUGGUAAUCCAGGAGGUACGCCAGGAGGCAACCCACAUGGUAACCCAGGCAGUAACCCACACGGUAACCCAGGAGACAAUCCACAUGGCAAACCAGGAGGCAAUCCACACGGCAACCCAGCAGGCAACCCACACAGCAACCCGGGAGGCAAUCCACACGGUAACCCAGGAGGCAACCCACAUGGUAACCCAGGAGGCAACCCACAUGGCAACCCGGGAGGCAAUCCACACGGUAACCCAGGAGGCAAUCCACACGGUAACCCAGGAGGCAAUCCACAUGGUAACCCAGGAGGCAACCCACAUGGCAACCCGGGAGGCAAUCCACACAGCAACCCAGGAGGUAAUCCACACGGCAACCCGGGAGGAAAUCCACAUGGCAAACCAGGAGGCAACCCACACGGUAACCCAGGAGACAAUCCAGGAGAUAAUCCAGAUGGUAAUCCAGGAGGUAACCCAGGUGAUAACUUGCAAGAGAAGCCUUCUGAUGCCAAGCCCGAAGGCAGUGAGGGGGCUACCCCUGUGUCUGAGGGAACUGAGGGCACAUUGGUUGAGUCAGCUGGAGCUGGCAAGCAUUCAGGCCGCACAAGACAAGCCCCCGUACUUCCAGAGACAGUCAUUGAUCCUGGUGUACACUUUUCUGCUGGCCUGGAAGAUUGCAAGGCUAUUGUGGGAGAGGCAGCUGAGUUGGUCUGCAAACUUAGCAGUGCAGACUGUAAGGGGGUCUGGUACAGAGACGGAAAAGAGAUCACAGGUUCCACUGAGGGUAUGACCAUCAGCAAAGAUGGUGCUACUCAUAAACUUAAAAUCCACAAAGUGACAGAGGAAUUUGCUGGAAAAUACAAAUUUGAAGCUGAUGGGCGUAAAACCGAAGCUGUGAUCGCUGUUGAAGAUCCACCAAGAUUUAAUCCAAAGGAAAUUGAGGCAUUUGCCGCACCAACAGUGAUCAAAAAUAAUCAAAGAGCUUCUUUCAAAAUCUCAUAUAUCGGCUGUGAGCCUACGAAAGUACAGUGGUACAAAGAAGGUGAAGAACUUACACCAGAUGCAAACUGCAAGAUUGUAACUGAUGAAGGCCACAGCUGUCUACGUCUAAACAAACUACAACGCAAAGACUCAGGGGAAAUUAAGGUCAAAAUUAAGAAUGAGUUUGGCACUGUUGAAGCCAUUACUAAUCUAGUUGUGCUGGAUAAACCUACCCCACCCCUUGGACCUCUGGAAAUAGUUGAAGCCUCUUCAAACUGCAUUGAGAUCAAAUGGCGUCCACCAAAAGAUGAUGGUGGAUGUCCAAUUGCUCAUUACAUCCUUGAACGCAAUCAAGUUGGACGCAAUACUUGGAAGAAGCUUGGACUUAUUCCCGGUGAGGCUCAUUACAAAGACAGUGAUGUGGAUCACGGUAAAAGGUACUGCUACCGCAUCAGAGCUGAGACCCCGGAGGGCAUUAGCGAUAUGUAUGAGACAGAAGAUGUCCAAGCUGGCACUAGAGCAUAUCCGGGCCCACCCUCUGCUCCUAAAGUGAUUAGCGCUUUCAAGGACUGCAUCACGCUGUCAUGGGUCCCUCCCACCAGCACUGGGGGUACAAACCUUCUGGGCUACAACCUAGAGAAGCGCAAGAAGGGUAGCAACUUAUGGGGACUUGUUAAUCCACCAGAGGAACCUAUCAGAACCAAGAAAUAUGAGUGCAGAGAUGUUGUUGAAGGCAUGGAGUAUGAAUUCCGUGUGUCUGCUAUCAACAUAUCUGGAGCUGGUGAACCAAGUACACCAUCAGAGUUUGUGUUUGCCAGAGAUCCAAAAAAACCUCCUGGUAAAGUCAUUGACCUGAAAGUGACAGAUUCCACAUACACCACUUUAUCCCUUUCUUGGACUAAACCAAAAGAAGAAGAGGGAGUACAGGAUGAAGCCAAGGGAUAUUUUGUUGAAAUCAGACCUGCAGAAAGCACAGAAUGGGAUCGCUGCAAUAAUAAUGCCAUUAUUAUGACCUUCUACACUGUGAAGGGAAUGAAGUCUAUGGCAAUGUACUGGGUGAGAGUGCUGGCUUUUAAUGAAGGUGGGGACGGAGAACCUCAGGAGCUGAAUAACUACGUUCUGGCUAUGCCUCCCCCUGUGAGACCAAGAUUUACAGAUUCCAAGAUGAAGAGCUUCAUGGUAGUCAGAGCUGGAAAUUCAACACGAUUCAACGUUAACUUUGUGGCUUCUCCCUGGCCUGAGGUCAUUUGGCUUAAGGACGGAGUUCCUGUCUCCAAACGUGUCACCAUUAGCAAUGCUGAAGGAGGCUCUCAAAUCCUGAUCCCAUCUGCAGACCGAUCUGACAGUGGAAUCUACACCAUCAUAGUCAAGAAUGUUGUGGGCCAGGAGACCUUUAGUACUGAGAUCAGAGUCACAGACGAGCCCAAGCCUCCAGGCCCUUUGGAAUUGGAUGAGAAUGUACCACGCACUGUGACAGUUUCCUGGACGGCUUCACCGGAUGAGAAACGAGACGACCGUCUCCACUACAUGGUGAUGAAGAGGGACUCCAGCAAGAGGACCUGGCACACGGUGGCCGACCACAUCUUUAACAAUAAGUUCACAGUCUGUAAUAUCAUGCCAGGCAGAGAGUACCAGUUUCGUGUUUACGCCAAAAAUGACAUGGGACAGUCUGCCCCCUCAGAGUCGCCGAAGUGGCUCAUACAUGAGAAGAAAGAGAAAUUCACGCUGGUCUUACCUGAAUCUAAAACCUGCAACCUCGAGAGGCCUCCUAAGUUCCUGGUCCCCUUGAAGCUACACACAGCUCCUGACGGCUAUGAGUGCUACAUGAGCUGUGCUGUAAGGGGCGAACCCACACCCCACGUCACCUGGUACCGCAACAACGUCAGCCUCAACACCAACACCAACUACCACAUCACCAACACAUGUGGUGUCUGUUCCAUGCUCAUCCUGAGGGUGGGGCCCAAGGACACGGGAGAGUACAAAGUCGUAGCUGAGAAUCAAUUAGGAAGAGCAGAGUGCUCCACCAAACUCACGGUCAGAGAAUAAAAGCCAUGCCUGGACAAAGACAAGAUGGAUUACCUCUAACAACUCAUUCAUUCAGCUGAUUUCAAGUUCUCUGUAGAAGUAACCUUUUGUGUACAUUUUAUAAACAAAGAUUUCAUCAUGUUAUAUGAUAUUUAACAUUUGUUGUGUUACAAAUAUCAUAUUUCACAGUAUAUUAUGGGGAUUGUUUAAUUAGAGAACAUCAAUAUAACACAGACAUUUCAUCUAUACGACAUUUGCUUUUUGUUUUUCCUUUGAUUCUCCUAAAUUUCUCUUUUUAUUAUUAAUCCUUUUUCUGAAGAAUUUGUUUUAUUGGGCAGUGUGUUUGUCUCUUGAUGAUUUGCAUCGCAAAGGACUUACUUAAUUACAUCAAUCAAAAGUUACACAAAAAAAGAUUUUUUUGAUCUCCUAACUAGCUGUUUUUGCCUUUUCCUUCGAUUUUAAAUAAUUAUGCACUAAUUCAUUAAUGCUUGCUUAUACAGAAAAGAAGAAGAAUAAUAAAAAUAAAGAAAGCAACAUGGAGAGGAUUUGACUUGGAAUAGCAGAUAUUCCUGUGUUAUAUCAUGAUAAGAAAACUGGUGUAAAUAAAGUGCUGGACUUGA